AUGGAGAAAAUCAUCUACGACUUCUACUCUGAUCUCCGGCAAGGUUCUUUACACAUUACCUGUUGGAAUGCAAGGUUCCUAAACAGUGGAAGACCAGCAAGACCUCGUUGUUGUAUAAAAAAGGAGCUCCACAUGACAUCAGCAACUAUCGCCCAGUCUGCUUACUGUCCUUCAUCUAAAGGCUCUCUACGAGAGCGAUCCUUAAUAGGAUUGAAAGUCUUGGAUGAAGAACAGCCGUGCGAGGAAGCAGGAUUUCGAAAAGGAUUCAGCACGAUUGACCACAUUCACACUGUUUCGAAACUCAUCGAAGUAUCACGAGAGUACAAGAUGCCGCUCUGUCUCACCUUCAUCGACUUGAAGAAGGCCUUCGACUCAGUUGAGAUGGAAGCGGUCGUGGAAGCCUUGGACAACCAAGGCGUCCCUACUCAGUACAUAAAGGUACUUCGACAGUUGUACAGUAACUUCACGACCGGGAUUUCGCCAUUCUACAAGAAUAUCAUCAUUGAAGUGAAGAGGGACGUCCGACAGGAUGAUACAAUCUCACUAAAAAUAUUCACAGCCACACUCGAGAACGCGAUGCUAAAGUUGGAAUGGGACGACAUGGGGGUGAAGGUUGAAGGUCCACAGCUACACCAUUUGCUGAUGACAUCGUAUUGA